UGCAGAGUAUCGCAACUCUUAGCAUACGCAGUUUGCGUUGUCGUUUUAAAUCCCCCACAAAAUACAGUCAUAUAUCAUCGAAUUCUCUUCAACGCCAACCGUUUCUACUUGUUUCUCUGUUAUUGGAGAAGAAUGGCUGCAGCGGCGGAGGAAGUCGUUCCAAAGAAAGCUGAAGCGGAGGAGGCACCACCAGCUGUGGCCGUGACGGAGAAGUCCAACGAGCCUGCUGUCCCGCCACCUCUCGACGACUCCAAAGCUCUUGCAAAGAUCCCUGAACCCGUUGUCAAGAGCAGCUCGAAAGGGUCCCUCGAUAGAGAUGUUGCUCUUGCAAAGCUCGAAGAUGAGAAGAGGUUGUCAUAUAUCAAGGCAUGGGAAGAAAGUGAAAAAACCAAAGUCGAAAACAAGGCACAGAAGAAGCUCUCAGACGUUGCAUCGUGGGAGAACACAAAGAAGGCCGCCCUUGAGAGUGAGCUGAAGAGCAUUGAGGAAAAAAUUGAGAAGAAGAAGGGAGAAUACGCGGAGAAGAUCAAGAACAAGGUGGGACUAGUACACAAGCAAGCAGAGGAGAAGAAGGCCAUGGUUGAAUCCAAACGCGGAGAGGAACUGCUCAAAACUGAGGAGACAGCUGAAAAACUCCGUGCAACGAAGCAAGCUCCACCAAAGGCUUGUGGAUGCCUCGGAGGCUAAAACACUAGUGAAUCUAUCACCUAUCUCCACCAACAAAAUGGUUGAAUAUUGAAGCUUAGUUUUUAAAUUUUUCUUAUGUAUAGAUAGUGUCUUCUGUUGUGUGAUUCUACUACUAUGUUAUGCCAUAUAUUUGUAUUGUAAACAAGAAGACAAUGAUCUUGAAUAAAUCCACUGCAAAUUGUUCGAAUC